GUGCCAUUCUUGGUCGAUUCGUGCCCCAUACCCUCGCGAUCCACCGUUGCCUAGCUGAUUCCGGAGGCGCAAGUUAAACCCCCGGAAGCAAGAUGAACAACUCGUCGGUCAAACGCAAGCACCCUGAAAAGGGCUCGAGUGACAGAUUUCCUGGAAACAAGCGGCGAUGCGAGAAGCGGAGUUCAUACAUCGAGGAGCUGUAUGAGCUCAUCACGGCAAGCCUCAGCAACCCAGAGUCUCUGAAUAUGAAGCCGGACAAGUGCGCCCUCCUACAAGAAACGCUCAGUCAGAUUAAACGCAUCAAGCAACAACAGGAUGCUGAACAUGGUGAAGAGGUACAGCACAGCCAUGUAUCGUCCAGUAAACCUGGGGUUCCUUCCGGAGACUCGCUGGGAAGUGUUUUACUUGAGACACUUGAUGGAUUCCUGUUUGUGGUCAAUAGCCAGGGAGAGAUAGAGUAUGUGACAGAGAAUGUCAACAGUUAUCUCAAUUAUCAACAGGUAAUGGGACUAACCUUCUUCUCUCUCGCUCCCUAAAGUUUUUUCCCCUUGUUUUGUGGUCAUUAGGCAGCUCCCCAAAACUGUUUCUUUAACCUGUAAUGUAUUAAAUUUCGUCUUUUUUCUCCCCUUUUCAGCUUUUUGGUGAUGAUGAUGGUGGUGGUAAUGAUGAAUAUUAUGAUGAUUAUCAUCACUAUGUUCAAUGCCAUUAGUGAGUUUUUGUAGUCACUCCAAUGUAAAUUUUAUUUAAAAAAAAUCCCUGGAAAUUCUUCUCAUUAUCUCAAAUGAUCAGCAAAAAAAUUGUUUUAACUCUGAUUUAAAAGUCUUAUUUUUGCUGUAUUUGUCAUCACCAUCAUCAUUAUUAUUUUCAAUAUAAUAGUUCAUAAUAAUAAUCAUCAUCAUCAGUCUCAUCAUCCUUAUCAUAGUCAUUAUUACCACAACAAUCAUCAAAUAGUAAAAUCUGUAGGAAAGGCAUCUAUGAUUUAUUGUGAGGUCUAUGCGACUCCCUAUCCUAAACAAUAUGGUUCUUCAUUUUAGAUUUGUCUUUGCAAAUAUUGCACAGCAAACUCUUCUAUAUUUGAAUACUGGUAGCUGUCUUUGACUAUCAAAGACAAUACUGUGCAUGGAAAUUGCAGUAGCUGCACCACCAGUAACAUUGAAAGGUUGGAGAUCACUUCCUAUCUUGUCAUAUGAAGGAAAAAAAAACCCUGAUACAUAUGGUUGAUCAAUGAUCAUGAAUAUGAAUGCAUUCCAGACAAUGUAGAAGUUUGUCCCUACCUUGUUUGGGUUAGUGUGUCAUGUAUAAUUUUCACACGCUUGGUGCCGAAUACCACUUAGUUAUUAAGUUUUCAUUUUAAUACUUAAAUGCUCAGUUCGUCUAAUUUCAUAUUUGUCUACCUAUUGGGUGAUUUCAAGUCCUGUGUUGGUGUUGGAAUUUUGAUUGCUUCCCCUAGCUCCAAAACUUACUCUGAAUUUGUAAAACUGAUCUAGAUCAUAUUAUUGACACCUCAACAACUAGUGAGUGACUUUUUCAGAACCACCUUCAUUUUAUGUCUAAGGUGUUUAUAUACUCGUGUAAAAAUUGACCUAACACCAACACCAAAAGGUCAACACUGAACUUGAAAUCACCCAAUGUCUUUUGCUAUCUCGAAUUAAAAAAUCGGUAUAUUAAUUGGUCAUUUAACCAUAUACAUGUACAUGUAGACUGAUGGGGUGUUGCAAGAAACCUGCAAUCGAUUGCAAGACAAUUUUACAUCUAAAAAUCAAUCAUAAGUGUUGAAAUUAAUUUGCAAAAUUUGCUAUUGAUCACUCAUCUGUUUCUUGCAUAAUAAUAAUAAUAAUAGGCAUUUAUAUAGCGCCAUCUAUCUAGAAAUAUUAUAUUCCGAGGCGCGUUGUUAUUAUUAUCAACAAAAAUAUAUUGAUUUGUUUUAUUGAAAAUUUAUUUAUCACUUGUAAGCUUGCAACUUAAAUUUGCAAUUGAUUGCAAAUAUUUUCUUGCAACACCUCCUAAGUGGUUUAAGACCAAAUCGAAAGGGAAGUUAGACAAAAUGUUGAAGCAUUUGUUAUUAGUGACAAUUAGAUGGUGUAUAGACAAAGUAGGAUAAGACAAUGGGGGAUGAGACUAAAAGGAAAGUAGACAAAAUGAGUGUAGACCAAUCUGCAAUUUACCAUUUUGAGGCGUGAACAUGUUCUCAUAUAUUCUUAUAACUGGGUGGGUAUGAAGGCAUCUAAAGAUGUAGUGAGUCUGCUAUAACAUGGUUGCUGGGUGUUCCAGUAUGUGUGUAUAUAUAUGUUUGUGGCCUGGGGCAAUAGGUUACACAUUACCUGUAGGGCUUCCCCCCAGGGUAAGGGGUGAUGACAAACAGGGAGGGAGAGAUGGAGAGAUAGGGAGACAGACAGACAGAUAAGAAAGGUGGAGAGAGGGAGAAAGAGAAAGAGAGUGAGAGAGAAGGAGAGACGGAGGGACAGCCUGGAAGCGUCGUGGUGUAGCGACUUUGACUCUUGCCCUGUAAUCAGGGGGUCGUGUGUUCGAAUGAUAUCGAAUCCCUCUUGACCUAGCAUCCACACUUUGCCACUCUCCACCCAGGUACUAAAUGGGUACCCAGUAGGAAAUGGAAGUCUACAGUGAGUUAUGUGGUAUGAAUUGCAAUCAAGUUUUAAACUUUUGUUGGAAUGCUCCCCAGUGAGUGGAGAAAGUGCAUACAUUGUAUGUAGGCAUGCCAGGAUCCGAUGACUUUGGUAAAAAUAUAUCUGUACAGCGCUUAGAGACAUUGCCCUAAGGUAUUAGUUGAUAAAAAAGUGGAAUAUUAUUACAGUGUAUUAUAUUAUUAGAAAGAGAGAGAGACGGGAUUGUAUGUGAUGCAGAGGGUAAAUGCACUUUUGAAGUACCGCAUACCUUUAAUGUCAUCUAUCAGAAAUGAAUAUCAGUUUUUGAUGUUCAAGAUUCAUCAUUCAUGAAAUAAUUUUUAAAUGUGUACAAAAUUGCAGAUAUUUUUUCGUAUGCAGAUAUUUACUUUGUAUUCAUUGAUGAUCUUCAGGUCGAGCAUUGCAUUAGUUUUUCAUGUGUAUUAUGGCUGUAAAGUAAUCACAAUUAUAUCAAACUCUGUGCACAUCCUCUGGUCUGAGAAAACGUCACAGCUUUCUGGAGUCCUUAAACAAAUGCCAGCAGAUGUAUCAAGAGGGAAUGAGUGGGAAGAACAAAGCAAACGACAUUGAUUGAAGGAGGAAGAGAGAGGGUAAAAUAUGCAAUCUAAUUUCUACUUGAGAAAUUGAAAAGAUUUUUGUAAAAUUGAAUCGUCAGAGGUGAAUCAGAAUUCCGAUCUUUGCAAAGAAGCUGCAUGCCAGAAUGCAUUGCUAGGUGUUAUUUAGAACAUCCACUAGUUGCUUUUGUCUUGAUUUUCUAUUACAUUUUAUAUCCUGUUUCCCGAUGUUUUAUUCAAAGACUCUUACUCUUGACAUUUGGCAAGUGCCAUAAAACAUAUAAGAGAUAUUGGUACAUGUAAGUCCAGCAUCGACUCAGUAGUUAAUUAAUUCAGAAGUUGGAAAUCCUUCCAUCAUUCAUUGAAGAUGCCAACCUAGGAAAUUGUCUUCAAUCACAGCGGUGGUAUGAAAAAUGGAAUUGUAAUCUUUUAUCAAUCAAAAACCUGAAUUUGUACACGAUCCUUGGUUCUUGAUGUGACAGGAAGUCUAUGCUGACCAGUUGUUGAAGACUGCUUUUUAUCUGAGCAUUGGAGUGAGAUGGCAAAGUGUAGUCUAUCAAUACAGACAUUGAUUAACAUUCAAUAUACUGUCAGAAUCAGAAUAUUUAUAAUUCAUCAAAAUCUUCUAUGUCUUAUUGUUUUCCUGAGCAUCAGCAUGUAUAGUGAUAAAAAGGGCAGUCUAAAAGACAAAGAAUUCACACCAAAACAGAGCAAUACAAGAAACAUCCAAUUUGUAACCUUCACAAAGUUGUAAAUAUGAAAACAUUGAAGGAAAACUUUAUAAUUUGUUGAAGCAAUAUAUGUAAAAGAUGAGACAAAGAAAUUGGAGAGAGUUUUAGAUGUCGGUAAAUAUUUGUGAGUAUGGACUUAUGGGUGUAAGAAAUUAAAGUUGAUGAGAGUUCUAUAAAAAAGAAAUAAAGAAAAUAAAGUAUGAGGAAGGAAAUAAUUUUACACUGGAGCAAACAAACAGGAGGGGGGAGGAAUGAGGGAGAAAAAAAAGAAGUGAGAAGGGGGUGGAAAAGAAAUUAGAAGUAGGUCAAUAUUGCCGCUUUAUUUAAGUAGAUAAUCCAACAACAUAUUCAAGUUAUCCUCUAACAGUAAGGUCUAGAUUUGUAGACUAGCAUCCUGUGGUCAAUAACCUUUUCAGGAUGCUCCUGUCCAGUGACAAAAGGGAGGGGGAAAGUCAUGAUUGAGACAUUUGCCAAAUGAGUUCACAUUGCAACAAAAUCAUGAUUUUUGACCUAGAUUGUUAUAGCCUUGUUGUUAGUCAAUAUAAUUACUAUUUGGUGUUGUUAUUAUAUUGUUAUUGUUAAUAUUUAAUAGUUUUUAUGUGUAAACAAUGUGAAUUGGAAUGUGUAGGCCUGAACAAUUCAGCCCUUUAUUUCAGCAAACUAAUUCAUAGAAAUGUGACAUUGGGUAUAUGGAAUUUUAUGGAUGAUAUUCUCCAUAUAUUUGUGCUUGAUUUUUCCAUGCUUUUUCCCUGCUUUUUCCCUGCUUGAGAUCAGUAAUUUACAUUUCGAAAAUGGUCAUUUUGAUUUGUCCCUUUCCUGGUACAUUUUCUGAUGCCUUCUCAAGCAUGUACGUACAUUUCAUUUGGUUUCAAAACACUACAAUGUGUCUCACAAAAAAAGGAAACCAGGAUUUCCAUAGCUAGAUGGUCUUUCAUAAACAUUAAAUAAAGUUUUUUGUCUUCAUUUGAUGCUGCAUAUGAUAUAAUGUUAUGCAGAUGACCAAGAAGAGUUUGAAAAUUUAAUGUCAAAACCGAGUUGUGCAGAAAAAUGAGUCGAGAUUUGUUAAGGAUGGGAUGACCUUGCGUUAGAAUGGGAUGGCUCAUUAGAAUAUCUUUUGUUUUCUUCCAUAAACUAUCUUUCACUCAUCUAAA